UUUUACUGAGCAUCUUAUCCAAUUAGUUCACCAUUUAUCAAACAUGAUAACUCUUCCAAAUCAUGGGAACAUGAUUAUUCUAUGCAUUUUUUGUACCUUCAACUUCAAAUUUACUACAUAAUUGCAAAUAUAUAAUAACAAUUAGAACCGACAAAGGGGAAUCCCCGCGGAAGUUCGAUUAAAUCUUGGAAGACGGUUUAUCUAAAUACGGUUGAAAACAUAUUGGCAAUCAUUACAUUGCCAUCUACAAUUUCAAAUAGAAACUAUUUUGAAUUGUCUUUCACAAUCAGAUGGAGCAAGUGUCAUUGGAAAUCGUGGAUGAUACCUUUGUACUAGUAGCCGACACAAAACGUACACAACUCCCCGUCGAAACUCUCUCGGAGAUACGAGUUGUGUACAAAAAUCGCGUCUUCAACUGCAACCGCAAGUGCACUCGGUGUUUAUCUUAGCGUGCGAAAAGUGAAAUUAAACCGGUCAAAAUGCUUCGAAAAGUUAGUAAAUAGUGCAAAAAGACUGCAGCAAGUGUUUCGCCACAUUCUAGUGUGACUUACGGUUCAAGAUUGAUCGGAUUCAUGGCGAAAAUCAAUUGAAGAAAAUGUGAGUAGCAGUCGUGUGUGAGUGUAGAGUGCCUGACGGGUCUCCUCCAUUUUGUUCCGAGAAGAUUUCAUAGCUCGGAAAAUUUGAUCUUCUUUUCCAUUGUUCGAAUGAUGAGAUGUUUCCCAUGUAUCUCGGUAUUGCCGGAUAAACGUAAAUUUUAAUUGUACUGUAAAGUAAGGAGGCGUCGACGCUCGUUUUGCCCCGAGUGUGUGGGGUUGCGAUCCUGGGAAAAUCGAUGACUCCUUUUUCAACCCUCGGAUAUGUCAUGUUCUAGGCGAGAGCGAAAUGUGCGUGUGGUGAUUGUGAAUAGGCCAGUAUAGUAGUUUGUCACGUAGACCAGUAUAGCAGGUUUCAGUGGCAGAGUUCAUUUGUUUACGGUAGGAUUGCUUGGUUUGGUCGCCUCCUGCACUUGUCGGCGUGGUUUCCCGUGAGCACGAGCAGUAUCUUGGAGGACUUGCGUCUUUCGGACAUUAAUCUGCUUAUCUGACUUCAUUUCUCCAAGAUUCGCGGAAUCCUUGCUUUUCCUCUCGUGUAAUCGCAAUGUAGGCGAAGUAUGCAUCCGACAUGGAAUGAACUAUGCUGGGCUGGUUGAUCGACAUUUACAUGAUUCACAAUAAUGCGUGCAUUACAUUGUCGUGAAAAAAGUAGUUCGUACGGGAGAAAUACGUUUUCUGUGAUUUAUUUUGGAAACGAGUGUGAUAUUUUACAGCAGUGAUUAGCGGGAAGCUGCUUAGCAUCGGUAGAAGCACGGAAAUCGAAAACGCAGACUGAAAAACGGGCAACUGAGGGCGACAUCAAAAGCAGUAACGAUAUCAUCUACAUACUACAUUGUAAUUAUCGGCGUCAUUUCACCAAGUUCAUAAAAAGAAAAUGGCGUCGAGCGACACAAAAACUAUUCCACGAAUUAUGGUAUUUCGUCCAACAUGGGAGGAAUUCAAAGAUUUCGCCAAAUACAUAGAAUACAUGGAGUCGCAGGGAGCACAUAAAGCUGGUUUAGCAAAGGUUGUACCUCCACCUGAGUGGGUUCCUCGCAAAUCAGGCUACAACAUAGAUGAUAUGGACAUAACAAUACCAGCUCCAAUUUGUCAAGUUGUGACGGGGAAACAAGGACUGUACCAACAAAUAAAUAUACAAAAGAAAGCUUUAACUAUAAAGCAAUUCAGAGACUUAGCUAAUACUGAGAGAUAUGUAACUCCUAAGCACUUUGAUUUUGAAGAUCUCGAGAGGAAAUAUUGGAAAAAUAUUACAUAUGUCGCACCAAUCUAUGGUGCAGAUGUGAGUGGCAGUAUUACUGAUCCGGACGUGAAUGAAUGGAAUAUAAAUCGAUUAGGUACAAUUUUAGACUACGUAAAUUCUGACUAUGGCAUCCAAAUCGAUGGUGUCAAUACCGCUUACUUAUAUUUUGGAAUGUGGAAGACUACAUUUGCUUGGCAUACAGAGGAUAUGGACUUAUAUUCAAUAAAUUAUUUACAUUUCGGCGCACCAAAGACUUGGUAUGCAAUCCCACCUGAACAUGGGCGCAAAUUAGAAAAAGUUGCGAAUAGUUACUUUCCUGCAAGUUAUAAAAGCUGUCAUGCCUAUUUGAGGCAUAAAAUGACGUUAAUUAGUCCACAAAUUUUAAAACAACACGACGUACCUUUCAAUAAGAUAACACAGGAAGCUGGGGAAAUUAUGAUAACAUUUCCUUUUGGAUAUCAUGCUGGUUUUAAUCAUGGUUUCAACUGUGCAGAAUCGACGAAUUUUGCCAUGCCUCGAUGGGUGGAGUAUGGAAAACGUGCAACUGAAUGCAAAUGCAGCAAUGACAUGGUGAAAAUAUCUAUGGACACAUUUGUAAAAAGAUUUCAGCCAGAACGAUAUGAAGCUUGGUUAGAGGGAAAAGACAUCGGCCCGCAUCCCGAAGAUCCAGUGACAAACGUUGCCCCCGCCCCACCACCAACACCAAAUGAUAUACUUUGCAACAAAAAUAAUAGCGAGCUGCCUAAACAAGUCAUUUCGCGCAUGAAGAAACAGUGCAACUUCUCUUCAAAGAAGAAAUCGUUCAAGGAACGUAAUCCUGACCUAGACUUGGAAGAAAUUCAACAAAAUCCAAAUAUACCAGAAGACAUCAAAGCUAUAUUGAGUGGGGCUCUUACUUUGGAUGAAGAGGCAGAAAUUACUGAUCCUUUGGCUGUUGACGGCAAUGAUAGCGGUGUCGUUUCUAAGAUUGAAGACGACAUAGGUAAACACGUGGAAGAAGAUGAGGAUUUCUCAAAACGGAGAAGAAAACGUAAAUAUGAUGCUGAGUACGACGAAGAUUGGGCCGCUGCAAGGCGAGGGGCAACGAGAGGCAGAAGAGGUCCAAGAGGAAGAAGGGGUAGAAGUGAUGAAGAUCGAAGAUUUAAAAAGAAAGAAAUAAAAGAUCCUAACCUCAAUCCUGAUGGCACUGUGAGGAAGAAGCGGAAGUAUGAUAUGACCAACAGACGCAAGAAAAUGAUGGCAAAAGGAACAUCGUCAAGUCCAAGUAAAGUUCCUACAUCUCCGACCACAUUACAAAAACUCAACGAACAUCUGAUGCGACAGCUACAACAUCCCGCCUUACAAGUGUAUAACUCUCCUAAGAAAUUUGAAGGGAAAAUACCCAUUAAGAAAACUUCCGAUGAUGUGGAUGAUCUUCAGUCAGCAAUCCAGUCUCCACAUGGCUCUGCAAAUAUUGCGAAUUUUCUGAAUUUCAAUACAACCUCUAGUCAGUCAUCUGCAUCUACCUUCCUAAAAACAUCAACACCCAACAUGAAGUCUUCAUUAUCAAGCAGUUUUUUUAGUACAUCUAAAACAAAGGAACAGUCAAUGUUGCAGCAUGCAUACGGUUUGCCAACAUCAAAACUAGGUUCGUCGAUUUCCUUGCAUUCUUCGAGUCAUGGUUCACAAGCAAUAAGCGCCGCGCAGCAAACUAUGAACAAUUUAGCAAUGCAAGGUGCAGAGCUCUUGGAAACGUACCAACAACUGCUACAAAGAAAUAUGAUGUAUCAUAUGAUGCAAAAUAAGAAUCAGGAAGCCUUAAGAAAUGCACAAAGUGUGACAAAUGGUGGUCUAAUACCAAAUACAUCGGAAGCGGGGAGAGGUGCCAAUACGCAAACGGUAGGCUUGAAAUCAGUGACCUCAGCAACUAGUUCCGCCAAUGAUGGACGUAUCACAUCGUCAGCAAACUCCGAAAAACUGUUCGAUAAUCUGAAAGCCCAAGGAGUGUCUGUGGAAAAAAAGGUAUCAAAUCAACAAACGUCAGUUAAUAAGUCAGUAGACAUAGCGGCGGUGCUUAAGGCCGCAACAACAAAUAUUAUGCAGCAACAUUAUUUGAUGAGCUUGAUGGCUCCUGUGAAGUUAAAAACGGCAUUGCAAGCCCAACAUCAUUUGGCUACCGCGUCACAACCGCCUAAACUAUCUCCAGUUGCUCAAAACACUGCGCCUUCAACACAUGACAAAGGUAACACGAAAAGAGAUAAUCUACCGCCACCCAAUCUGUCGCCAGUUUAUGAUAGCCAAAAAUCAACAAUAGCUGGUGGUGGGGACCCUGAUGUGAAGUCAUUUCUCUACAAUUCAAGUCGGGAGUCCUCGUUAAAAGUGAAUCCUUACUCAUCUAAAUUACAAAUGAAUAGCGGUUUGACGGCCGCUCGCGAAUCAUUACUCAAAUCCAAAAGUACAGUUCUAAUGAAUAAAAUUGCAGGUGGUGUUGACCAGAACGAAAACACCUCAAAAAAUUCAAUCAGCAGAGUAUCUAAUCUGAACAUGCCGAAAGAUAAAUUAGUUUCAUCGACACCUAUAGGGCCCUCAAUACUUCUCAAUAACAAUACAACUAUAACUCCCGUUUCAAUUUCAAAUAAUACAUUAAGUACCUCAACUAUUACAAGUAAAAAUGUAAAAUCUAAUGACAGUAGCUACGAUAACAAGCCAAAAUCAAAUUCCAGCUUUUACACUUCCUCACUGCACAGUACGCAGUACAUUGCACAAUUUAGGGAUUAUAUAGCAAAACGUUUUCCAGCAAAAGCAUCCCAAGAAUUUGAUUCAAAAAAACAGAAAAUGCUGGAAGGAAAUACAACUGUUGGAAGUCAGCUCCACACAGAAAACAAAGAACCUUCUAAAAACUCAGUAAUGUCUAGUUCCAGUUCUUCCCUAUCAAAUGUCUCCAUUAUGCCCGUAAAAAAAUCAACGAGCGAAGAUCUAACAAAAGCAAAUUCGAAGCGGUCAAAAGUGUUUGCUCAAUCAAAGAAAAGUAUUUCAAAUAUUAGUCAAAACUUGGCUGGGGCGAACAGUAUCGCAGAUCUAGCGACGAUAAGCAGAAUAGUAAAUAUGACUACGAACAAUCAGACGGUACAUUUUCCUACCUCUCAAUCGGAAAAUUCUACUCCAAACAAGACACUUGAGAACGUGAUAUCCAAGCAAGCCUCACAUUCGUUAUCCAAUUUAAACCAAAAUUCGUACCUUCAGUUUUUUCUAGAAAGCGGCGCUUAUGCGCCGAAAAUGGGGAACAUAACUUCAAAGUCCACAGUUGAUUCUAUACCUCUAACAAACAGCAAUAUUGCUAACAGUAACCACACAAAUCAAUCCACAUUCGAAAUAAUUCCAAACAAAGGGGAAAUUUCAGAUAGUACGGAAGAAAGUUCUUCAAAAUCAAACGUUCGUAAGCCUCGAUCAUCUCACAAAAAUGCUAGCAAUAUGAAACUGAAAGAACUUUUGGCACAACUCAGCCCAGAUGAGCUGAAAAACAUGACAUCAUCUAAGCUUUAUGAGCUCGUACAAAAAGCAAAUGAUAUAACCAAGGCUGAGGCGGCUGCAAAAAGGAAACAGUCGUCGAUGAUGAAAAAUGAUUCGCAAGCAAAAUCCACCCUUCGGCCGGCAGGAAAUUUAAAUACUACCAAUAUGACAUCUAAUUCAAUGGCUGCUGAGAACAAUAGCGGAAAAUCGUUUGGUCCAGAAAUGAAACUGGGUUCAAGACUUCCGACAGUAAAGAGUUUACUUCAGGCCAAAUACGGGCUUGGAACGCAAGCCUACAAUCGAGGAAACAUGAAUAUUUACAAUUCACUACCUAAGUCUAUUACUUUAUCUGAAACGCGAAAAUACUCAUCUCCAAUGAAUUUCAGCAAUGCACCGCAUCUUCAGCCAUUCAAGAACUUGAUGGCACUAACGCACAUUGCGAACCUACAAACAGAAACCGCCUUGAAACUGAACUCUUUGAUGCAAAAAGAGAAGGUUCCUCCGGUUACGCUCAACGGAUUUCAGUCGUUAGCCAUAACUAAACUCACAAAAUUGAUGCGCAGUAGAUCUAAAAAACAAGAUGAAAAUAGAAACGUGGUUAAUUCUAUCAAAACGGAACCUGUUGAACCAGUAAAAGUGUCUGGAGCUCCAACUGCCCCGCCGGUAGUUCCAAAAGUAGAAUCUGUUGCUGAAGAAGAGAAAAACAUCAAAAGGGAAGCGUCUUCUCUAAUACCGAUACUGCCAAUGAACUACACUUUCAAGCCAGGCGAACCCCUUCCCGAUCUUGUGAAGGAUGCUUUAGCUGAAGCCCAGAAAACCUUCAAAGGGGAAGAGGAUACUUCCCAUUUGGUUGUAUUCGAUGAUUUGAGCUCGCAAGAUGUGGUCAAACGUGUUCCGUCUCUAUCGUCGUUACAAAUAUCGUCCUUGGGUCGAAUAAUAGUGGAAACGGUUGAUAUUCUCUCUGAAGAUGGCGAUGAGAAAAUUUUACCUGAACAGCCGCUCUCCAUACCGGCUGAUCUAUUUUCAACUUCAGGCGAAGUAAAGGACGCAGUGGAUUUUCUAUCGGAAUUGGAUAAAAUAUCACUUAAUGACCCAGUCAUUGGUUUAUUAGAUGAUUCCGUUGAAAAUAUUUCUGGAACAAAUGUGAUUCUUGAUAAUUGCAAUAUUCUAAUUGGGGAGGCUGCUAGGCUAGCUAGCAUAGAGGAUUGUGAUGGAGAAGAUGUGAUUGCUCGUAUGGAGUUCGAAUCGCCAGAGAAAUCAAUUAGCUUAAAAAGUCUGGAGUCAUUAGAUGUAAAUACUGCGGACUUGAUAGCUUCUGCUAAUAUCAAAAAGGACAGUUCAGAGCCGGAGCACAAUGCAGAAAAUGAAAGAUCUGAAAAAUUAGGAGAUGAAGAGAAUUCAGAACCAAAUCAAAAUUCAGAAAAUGAUACAUCUCAUCAAGUAGAAAAAGAGGACACUGAUAAUGAAGCAAAGGUAAUCGAAAAUGUGGUAGUGCCUGCUGAAAGCAGCGCACAAAUUGACACGGAAUCGGAAAAAGCGAAUACUAUUCUGACGGAAUCUCAGGAAAAUGAAUCUUUGCAAUCCAAUGAUAUUAAUAAAGAGUUAAGGCCAGAGAGUUUGGAAACUGAUGUCACUAGUGAAAAUACUGCACAUAAGGAAAUGGAAGUGGAACUGUUGGAAAACGAUAUUCCCAAACCGACAGAAGAGAAUAAUGAGAUGAGAGUGGACAUAAGUGAACCUACCAUUGAUGUUCCAGAAAAUCAAAUACCAUUAAACACUACGGAAGAGGCAGAGACAAAAGUGACAACAAGUGCAACAAGCAUUGAACUUGGGGAAUUCGACACAUUGAUGGAAACUGAGAAUGGGAUCGAUGAUAAAGAGGGGCUUAUCAAAGGAAAUGGUCCGAAUUAUCUGUCUGAACCUGUUAACCAGCAAAUCGAUGCAGAUAAAAUUCCAGUGGAAUGUAGCGAUUUGAUGUCUUCUAGAAUUAAUGAAAGCAAUGAGAUAAUAACAGAAAUUUCAUCCAAAGGAGAUUCUUGUCCCAAUUUAAAUGAUGAAUUCGAUUCAGAAAAGGAGGCUUCUACGGCUAAUUCCACUCGUGGUGACGACACUAUCGUAGCUUCAGAGGGAGAUGGGUCAGAAACAAAAUGCGGUACCGACACUAUUAACGACAAUCCAAAUCCGUUUGUCGAGUGCAAUGCAAUGCCAGUUUCUGAUAAUUUAGAUGAAUCAUCUAAAGUCGAUACAAUGUGCACUGGGAAACAAAGUGGUAAGAAACGUAAAGGAUCAAGCAAAACAAAAAAGAAAGUUCGUCCUUGCAAUGGAACCAGAAAAUCGCAGAAGACGAAAGACUGUAAACAGAUAUCUGACCUUGAUACUAUUGUGGACAGCAAUAUUGAAAACGAUGCUGUUGGGGAGGUAAAUAUUCCCAUGUCGGCUAUGAGCCAGAAUUCUGCAGAGAAGAAAGUUGUUUUGGCUUUAGGUAUGGAAAAUGAGAAAAGGGAAUCUGGAACUUUUCCUGAAAAAGAGAUUGGAAUUAUUUCACAAAUGGAGAAUAUUAGUCCCUCCGAAGACACGAUUCACAUUUCUUCUCAAGGAGACUUGACUCAGGAUUCUUCAGAAAAAACUGACCAAUAUCCUCUGCAAGUAAAAGGAAACCAAGAUCUUUCUCAAAUUGUGGAUCAACAUGAGAGUUGCGUACAAAUUACGGAACAGAAUGAGUCGAAAGGAGCAGAAAAUGAAAAUUUGUUGGAAGAAGCGAAAGAAAGCCUUCCACACGAGGAUGAGGAAUGUCCGCAGAUAAUUGAUUCUUUAGAAGGCGAACAAUCCGAAAUUCCUUCCGAGGAAAAAGCAAACCGAGGAAUUCCUCAAGAUGAUGGACAACCGUGUAACUUACCAAAAGAAGCUGAAAGUAUCAAAUUGCCGCAAAAGGAGCAUGAACAAUAUUCUCAACCACUUAGGGAAGAUUUGGAAGAAGAACAACAAGGACCGAUGGUAACAAUGGUCGAUGAUUCCGUUGUAAAUGAGAAAGAAACACCUGGAAAGAAAAAACAUCCUCAUAUUAGUAUAACUGUAAUUCGAUCGAAGGGUUCAUACAUAAUGAGGGGUCCCGUUGAAAAUAUUCCUUCGCCAGCGCCUACUCCGGAAAAUAUGACGGAAGACGAAAACUCUCAAAAUCAACAAAACUUCUUACCAAUAUCGACGAAGAAAAAGAAAGCGAUAAGCAGGCGGAAAUUGAAACGUUACUCUCGUAUUCGAAAGUCUAAAGCAAAUGUUGUUAAGAAGAAUGUUGGGUUGCUGAGUGAAACACCAGAAAUCAAAAUACAAACGGAGGCGAAGGUUUUAAAUGUCGAAGGUCAGUCAGCCCCGGAAUUGAAUCCUUCAAUGUCGGAGGAAACAAUGCUAACGUCAGUUAGUUCUCAUUUGGAAGACACAAACGAUAUGGAGAGGCCAGUAUCAAGUUGCUAUAGCCAAGAGGACUCUUCUUUGGCUACUUUUGGAACAGAAGAUGAUCAGCCCGAAGAAGUCGACUCAAUUGAUAUGCAACACAAUCAAGAGAAUUCUUACACUCUAAAUCAAACUCCCGUGAAGAAAGUCAGUAGAUAUCAAACUUUAUCGAAAAGGCGACGCAUUUUCAGAAAAUUACGAGUAGUCACUCCCUACAGUAAAACAUCUAAGAUUGACGUUCCGGAGACUCUAGCCGAAGGUGAUAGCGAAGGUGGAAAUACAUCGGUCGGUUUGCAAACCCGGCAAGUCACUGUGAAGCUUACCAGGAGUCGAAGGGAUCUGCGAACAAUUCAUCGAAAUCAUCAGCCGACGGAGCAUGCGAUUCCAGUGUUGAGAAUAAAAACAAACGACAAAAUUCCAGAACGCACCGAAUCGCCUUCAUCAGAAGAAGUCAACAGACAUAGCAAGAGAAUGCGCAGGUCAAGACGAAUAGGCUGUUUUUAUGGCACUGGAAUCGAGUUUGAAAGAAAUGAUAGUGAAAUUGAGCGAGAAGAAUUGGUUGAGAGCAAUCAAGGUCUGCCUGAAUGUCCAGAAAGUCAUUGUGAAAAUCCUAAACAAGAGACAGACAGUCAACAACAUAAUGGUUCUGAAGAAAAGGAGGAUACCGGAACAGAUCAACCAAAUCAAGACGAGAGUCGAUCAAAUAAUUUCUCAGUGAUGAUAGGCAAAUAUUCUCUGAGGAGCAAACCCUGGUUGCAAAGUAGGAAUCCCGAGUAUGCAGAAAUUAAUCGGUUAAGAACUGAAGAAGAAAAUGAAGGGGAUAUAAAUAAAACUAAAGAGCCGAGUCUGGAUGAAGCCGGCAACGAUUCAAAUCCCAAUCAUGAAUGUGAUCAAAACAUGAUUGAUUCUAUCGAAACGGAAAAUCUUGACAAAAACACCGGUUAUUACGGUUUGCGGAAGAGACGAACUUUCCUGAAUGGCUACAAUCCGUCAAUGUAUUUCGAUAUGCUCGACUUUGAUCACUCGGUUUUCGAGGAACCAGCAAAGAGACGACUCAGGAAACGAACAGAUAAACCAGCUAGUAAAACAUCGGAUGAUUGUGAAAAUACCGAAACUUUGGAAUGUCCACCAGAAACUGGAAAUAUAGAUCAAAGUAUGGAAUCACCAUUAAACUCUGAAAAGGUAGAAGGUGGAAAGAAAUCAACAGAUUCCGAAAAUACAGCAGUCGGAAUCAAAGAAAAAAAUGUUCACACAGGAACUCAGCGCAGGAGUCUCAGCCUGCGCAGUAGGCUGUUAGAGUUAGCAGUAUCCUGCGAUGAGAACACAAACACAUCCAGUACAUCAAGCUUCUCGACUCUUGAAGAUAACAUUCCACUGCAGCAACUAAUCAAACCUUCCGAGGAUGAGAACUUGCCAAAAGGCAGCUGUGUACCUGAACCGUCUACCAUUAUGACCCGAAACAAAGCGAGAUGCGAAGCAACAUCUGCCCCGGAAAUGAAAGAGCUGAGAGUUAACUUAGGAUCUUCUGAGAUUAAAGAAGUGAGGGUUAAUCUUGCGGCUACUGAGAUGAAAGAAUUGAGGGUUAAUCUUGCGGCUACUGAGAUGAAAGAAUUGAGGGUUAAUCUUGCGGCUACUGAGAUGAAAGAGCUGAGGGUUAAUCUUGCGGCUACUGAGCUGAAAGAAUUGAGAGUCAGCUUAGCGCCUCUCGAAACAACAGAAUUGCCAGUAAAUGUAACAACAACGGAAUCUAAUGUCAAUUUAGCUCAUCCGGAAAUGAAAGAGUUGAGGGUUACCUUAGAACGUUAUACUACUGAAGAGUUGCUGAGGAAGUACAAAGAGGAAUCUAGCCAGGGAAGGAAAACUCCCGAGAUGGGCUUACGGACUCGUAGCAGAGCCGCGUUGAAUUGAAUGUAGAUGAUUUGACAGCAAUGUAUUGGUUCUUAGAUACGUUAGUGGCAUUCGUAACUGUUGUAUAAUUUUUCUAUGCAUACUCCGAUAUUUCAACUCAUUUACGUUAUAAUCCUCAAUUAUUCUGAAGUUGAGCAAUUAAGAAAUAGGAGCAUAUUUCAUAGAAACGUGAAAAUGGCUUCCUAUACUACAAGAAAAAAAAUACGACUGCUCAUAAUUGACAUUAUUUGAAAUCUAGAUAAAUCCAAAGAAAUAUAUCCUUUAAGAAACAUUGUAUAUUUUGUAUUAUGCGAUCAACACCCCGAAUAUGACCACCACGUAGCACUAAUACCUUAGAUUGUGUUUAGAGUAACUGUUCAUUAACUUCGCAUGUGUUCCAAUAUUAAACGAGUCAAGCAUCCUACUAGUAAUUAUUUACUGGAAUGGUUUAGAUUAUUAAGGAGUGUACCACCAAUUAUGUUUAUACGUUGAAAUUCCAAUUGUGUUUUCCAUCACCUACUUCGUGCGUAAAGCAAGGAAGCAGGACCUUUAUGCUAAUCAUAUAUGCUUUAUGUUAAACAAACCACAAAUCGUUUCAUGAUAUGAUCAGUGUAUAUUACUAUAAAUGUAUUGUUGAGACGGCAAAAAUGUUGA